UGUGUGUGUGUGUGUGUGUGUGUGUGUGUGUGUGUGUGUGUGUGUGUGUGUGUGUGUGUGUGUGUGUGUGUGUGUGUGUGUGGGCGGGCGCGCGACUGUGCGUGUGUGUGUGUGUCUAUGAGGCUGCAGUGCGUUAAUAAAUGUCCCCACACGAUGUACAGUACAUUUGACAGUGAUUCAUAGCAGGGAAGCUAACAUCAGCCUACGGUGACAGCCAAAAUAUCUACUAACGUUACUUACCGCCAUGUGCUUUGUUGAGUUCAUGUAAGCUUAAGCUUGUUAAUCAUGUGACCGCCUGGCUCUGUUUGAUUGGUGAAACGUCACCAGUGACUGCAUGUGAUUGGUGAAACGCAGGCAUGCGAUAGAUCCUACUUUGAAGGUCUGUCUGACAAACCAAAACAAACAAAGCAUGCAUUAACGAUCGAUAAAAAUCAGUAGCGAGUAGCGAGCUGAAUGUAGAUAAAUGGAACGGAGUAAAAGUAGCAUUUCUUCUCUAUAAAUAUACUCAAGUAAAAGUAUGUUGCAUUAAAACUACUCUUAGAAGUACAAUUUAUCCCAAAAGUUACUCAAGUAGAUGUAACGGAGUAAAUGUAGCGCGUUACUACCCACCUCUGUUGCUAUUAUAACCAUUCAUCUAAAAGUAAGUAACUUUGAAUAUGUGUAUGUUUUAUUCAAACUGUAAUGGUAGAAACUGAAACAGUGAUUUUAAUUUAAUUUCAACAAUAGGGCCUGAAAGUACUGAGAGCCUACAGAACCAGGCCAAACACUACAAAGUUCUACAGGAGCUAUACAAAUCCAGGCCCAGACCUAACAAGAAGGAUGUUGCCCAGCUUUUGGACCUUGACUACCAAGCAAGACGGGCUUACAUUGACUCUGACAUUUUGAAGGAGACACGGUGGGAGAGGGGUUAGUGCGUCUGCCUCCCAAUACGAAGGUCCUGGGUUCGAUCCUGCGCUCGGGAUCUUUCUGUGCGGAGUUUGCAUGUUCUCCCCGUGACUGCGUGGGUUCCCUCCGGGUACUCCGGCUUCCUCCCACCUCCAAAGACAUGCACCUGGGGAUUGGCAACACUAAAUGGUCCCUAGUGUGUGAAUGUGAGUGUGAAUGUUGUCUGUCUAUCUGUGUUGGCCCUGCAAUGAGGUGGCGACUUAUCCAGGGUGUACCCCGCCCUCCGCCCGAAUGCAGCUGAGAUAGGCUCCAGCACCCCCGCGACCCUGAACGGGAAAAGCGGUAGAAAUGGAUGGAUGGAUGGAGACAAAACUACCAAGAUUCUUCAAAAAAGUGGAUCAUAUACUGGAUGGACUAUAGCGGAUGCUCAGGCAAAGAAAUUCCCACUUCAUACCUGAACUGAAGAACCGCUUGAGGACCUUUUUGUGAGAAGAUUCAGUUUUAUGGAGUUUUCAAAUAAAGUCACGAGACCUCCACUGGCAGAUCAAAUAAAGCAAGCGGUUGCGAUAAUAAAGGCUUUGCCAGACAUCUUUCCAUCCCCUAUUGCUCCACCAAAGAAGUUGGGACAUGCAAGUGAGGCCAUGCUUCACAUCCUUGAGAGUUGCGUUGGUGUGCAGCAGCUGUGUGACCUUCUUGAAUUGUACCUCAGGUGGAAGGAAGUGGAGACUGUGUUCUGGAUGUGGAUGGAGAGUGUGGUGGGUUGCCAGGUGACGGAGGCUGUGGCUGAGAGGCCCACACCCACACACACACCCAGCAGGAGAGCAGGGGUGUGCCACACUGGUCGGCAGCAGCUGGAGGGCAUACAGUCCAGACUGACUACAGUGCAGAAAGUACUGAAGACAGCCAGAGGGGACACUGAAGACCGAGGAGAGAGACUGGCUGGUUCCGGUGACAUGCCUCACCACCCGCCACCAUCACUCGGCCUCUCUCAGACGUACCGAGCCAGACUGCAGGCGGGGCCUCCAGUGGAGCAGGGUGGGCAAGUGUGGGUGUGUCAGGUGUGGGAGGAGAGGGAGAGAUGUCUGCUGGAGAGGAGGAACACUCUGAGGAGGACCAACAGGCUGCAGUUUUUGGGCGAGCUGCGUCACUGGUGUCUGCCAGGAAAGACGCAGUCGCCAGCGGAAGUGGAUAUUUUCAUCCCAACAUCCGGUUUCGUGAAAGUAUGCAUCUUUAGUCCUGUCGUGGUCGUGGUGGACAGGGAUGUGUGUGAGGGCGAGUCGGAGGAGAGAGGAAUUUGGGCCAAGGUCCAAGCUGACUAUCAUCAGUACAUUACUAGAUCCCAGGACAAGAAGCAACACAUCCACUCCAUUUGUUCUCCUCCUCCUAUUACCCCGCUCUCCUCCCCCCAAUGA